UGUCCCAUAUGGUCUAUAUAUAUCCACAAGAGUGUAUGUGAAAUUUAGGAAGAGAGGGAGCAAAAUACAUUUUGGUAGAGUUGGUCAGCCAUUGAAAGAUUAUUAGAAGCCUCCAACGAAUUGGGAAACCAGCUCCUUCUUGACCUUCUCAGGGACUCAGGAGGGAGGAGUUGACAAGCCACCAUGGAUUCGCCGCCGGUAACUUGGAUGUUUGUGUUGGUGGUGAUUGGAUUGAUUGGCGGAGAAAUGGGUGGUGUUAAAGCUUCACAAAGUUGUAGAUUUCCAGCGAUAUAUAAUUUUGGGGACUCAAAUUCAGACACCGGAGGAUCUUCGUCGGCUUUCGAAGAAACCGCAUUACCAAACGGCAUGACUUUCUUUCGCAAGCCAUCUGCAAGGCUCUGUGAUGGACGUCUCAUUAUAGAUUUUAUUGCUGAAAAUUUGAAACUACCGUUCUUGAAUGCUUACCUGGACUCAAUCGGGACAAGUUAUAGGCAUGGUGCUAAUUUUGCCGUAGCAGGUUCCUCUGUCCUUAAAGAUGGAGGCUACAGUCCAUUCCAUCUAGAUUUUCAAGUAUUGCAAUUCAUACAGUUCAAGAAACGCACCACUGCCCUCUACAACCAACUAACCAACAAUGGGAAGAAGCAGAUCUCACCAUGUAAUAGGAAUCUUCCACUGCCCAACGACUUCUCAAAGGCUCUAUACACGGUUGACAUUGGACAGAAUGAUCUUUCCUAUGGCCUGAAAAAUUACCCUGGAAAAUUACAAGAAAUAAUUCCUGAAAUCAUAACAAUGUUCGCCCAAGCAAUUCAUAAACUAUACAAGGAAGGGGCGAGGUUCUUCUGGGUACAUAACACUGGGCCACUCGGUUGCUUGCCAUUCUAUCUUGACAGAUUGCCAGCAAAUUCGGGAAACUUAUUGGACCAGACUGGGUGUGUGAAGCCUACGAAUGAGAUCGCUCAGGAGUAUAACAGGCAGCUAAAGGACAGGGUCUCACAGCUAAAGGCAAAUCUCUCUGAUGCCACAUUUACAUAUGUAGAUGUGUAUUCAGCUAAAUAUGCACUCAUAAGCAAUGCAAAGAAUCUAGGUUUUGAUGAUAUAAAGAAGUUCUACGACUUACAAUGUGGUAAGACAGAAAUUGUGAAUGGCACAGUCCUUGGUAAAUGUAAUGAUCCAUCAAAAUUAAUUAGCUGGGAUAACGUACACUACUCUGAAGCUGCCAACUUACUACUUUCAAAACAAAUUAUCAAUGGCUCCCUCUCCCACCCUCACGUAUCAAUUGCAGAAGCUUGUCAUAAACUCCCAUGAACACAUGAUCAUUAAAUACCAUUGUUCGAUAAAUUAUGAUUAUGGAUGUUCCCUAACCAUAACAGGUAUUGGUGGUUUCGCUUUAAAGGGAUACAUGUUUACUUGUAUCAUCCUAGAGUGUUUCCAUACCAAUAUUAACAAUGCUUCUGCAAUAAAAGUUCAUUAAUUUGAAUUAUCAAA